AGUGAAUUUUCAUGAAUACAAAUACAAAAUCGAGGAACGAACUAGCUUCUGGUUUUUUCACCUUCUCCUUUUUCUUUUCUUUAUUUUUUGGACUCCAUUUUUUCCAACUCUUAUGGCCACUAAACGCCAAAUCCACAGUGCACUAUUUUUCUUCGCCGUAGUAGCAAUACUACUGGCGAUGGUCGAUGCCUCGCCUCUUGUAGCUCGAGCCCCUUUGGAUGAUCAAAAUACAAUCAAUCUGCCGAUUUCUGGAGCUACGGUGACUGUUCACAGCGUGAUUCUCAGUAUCAUUUUAUUCAUUACGGGAGGCUACCUUACCUUUGCGGGAGGUGUGCAUCAAUAUUUCACCAUGUUCAUCGUUGGAUUCUAUGUCGGUUCCAAUAUUGCCUACAUCAUCUUGACCAAUGCUAAAGACGACUAUGGCCCAAACACCGAUACCAUUUUACUCGUGGUGAGUGUGGUGGUCGGUAUUCUAGCCGGUGCCCUGCUGUCUUGCUGUUUCUUCCUGGCCGUUUACCUGUUGGGUGCUUUGCUCGGUUACAUGGCCGCUAUUUGGUUAUUGUCGUGGGUGGAUAACGGUCUCAUUCAAAGCAACUGGGGCCGUGCCGUGCUUAUUAUCUGUUUUGUGAUUGUUGGUGUGCUUUUGAUGGCCUUCCUUGAACGGCCCAUGAUCAUUAUUGCCACCGCUUUCAUUGGAUCCUUUGUUAUUUUUGUUGGUAUCGAUCUGUACGUCAAGACCGGUUUUGUCGAAGCCAUUAAUUCCCUUAUUCGCGCCAAAUCAUUCGACGGAAGCGCAUUCCAUUCCGACAGCAAACUUCGCGGUAUGUUGGGCGGUUGUUUAGCCUUGGCCGUGGCCGGCUGCUUGAUCCAGUGGCUCAUGAUCCGUCGCCGUACCCAUCCUCCCAUGAGUUGGUCGCAGCGUUAUCCUGCUGGUCAAUACGGUUGGCGCCGAGUCUAAAUGAAAACACAAAAGCAUAUACAUAUUUAUAUCUUUCCCCCAAGUCCCGUAGUGUAGUAACCAAUCAAAACCAUCAUAUCCUAUCGUAUCGUGUCUAUGUAAAUAAAUUGUAUCAUUAUUCU